UUAGUGCCACAUCAUCAGGAACCCUGUCCCAGGAUGAGAUAUAAAGGCAGUGACCAGAGGGCUAGAGUAUUCAUCAGAAUCCUCAGAUAUUCAGGUGCUGCUGAAGCAUCAAAGACAAACCCUUUAGAAGAUGAAGAUUCUGCUGCUGACUGUGGGGCUGGCCUUGGUCUGUGGCCUCCAGGUCCUCGAUAACAAUGCAGAAGACUCACCAAAGCUCAGUGGAAAGUGGUUCACUGUUGCAUUGGCCUCAAAUGUGACAUCUAAGAUUGAAGAAGGAGGUAGCUUGCAGAUAUUUGUCGAAAGUCUCAGAGAACAUGAUGGUUUUAUUAGUGGAGACUUCUUCAAAAGGGAAAAUGGUAAAUGCAUUCCAUUGUCUCUGAAAACUUUCUUAGAAGAUGGUCAAAUGCGUGUGCAAU